ACAGAUACUCCACUCCGGGAGUAUCUUUAGUAAGAGUAUCAUUCCAGGUUUCUUUGCUACGUAAAAAAUUAUAAAUUUAGUAAAAAGCUAUCGCAAAGAUGCACUUAUCAAAUAAUAAUUAAUUGUAAAAUAGAGUAUAGUUUUUGUAUUUCGGUGAUUCUUUAAGCCGGCCGAGUGGAGCAUCUGAUAUAGUACAUGCGAUCACCGUGAGAGCAAUGUUAACAAGUAGUCCAGCUGACUGUGACAAAAUGGUAGGGUCCUCUCGUUCAGCGGGAGGUGAUAGAAUUGUAUAUAAUUAACUAGUUCGGGGGACAAUGAGUGCUGAUAAUCAUGAUCAGUCAAAACCACCGCUCAGCAAGCCUCCGAAAAUUGUACAUAGUGUAGAUGGUAGCGCGUUCGACGGUAGGAAAAUCAAAAGGGAGCGAAGUGACGUUUGCGGCGAAAAUGGGGGACCCAGUGACGGCAGUGGUACUGGCACCGAUGGCGGGGGUUGUCCAGAGAUCAGGCUACAGCAACAAAAACAACAUCCACCCGGACAGGUACAACAGCAUCAGCAGAAUCAACAAAAAGCAUCUGGUGGCAACAUGCCUGCCAGGAUCCCGAACGGCUUUCAUGCCGGGGAGCUUCUCCAGGACAUACUCACUACCAGGAUCACCGCUGUGGCUCAUGCACCUGCUAGCAAACAUGAGAAAAUCCGACUCAUGAUCGAGGAUACUAUAAGUGAGGAUUCAAAGUGUCGUGUUCAAGAAAUCUUUUUACAAAUAGAACAACUUAAGCUAGAAGAGAAAUUAUUGUUGUACCUGAAACUCCCAAUGUCAAUGACAAAUGCUGGGGGAACAAUAGAUCCAUUGAGGCAACCGUUAAAUCCACUUGGGAACCGUUAUGAAAUUCAUCAGACUAUUAUGUGGAUUAGGACACACCUAGAGGAAGAUCCCGAUGUGUCUUUACCAAAACAAGAAGUUUACGAUGAGUACAAUAUGUUCUGCAUAAGAAACUCCAUGAAACCUGUGUCUACAGCUGAUUUUGGCAAAAUUAUGAAACAAGUAUAUCCCAGGGUACGCCCACGAAGACUAGGUACACGUGGAAAUUCUCGUUAUUGUUAUGCAGGCAUGCGCAAAAGAGUUAAACUUGAUCCCCCUACACUACCAGCAGUGACUGGUGCUCAAUUGAAUGAAGAUAUGGAAGAGAAUAUUACAGAAGAAAUGUUAGGAGCAGCUUCAACAUUAAUCAGAGAAUGGGCUGAGACAUUGUUAGGUUUGAAAUUUCCCAGUUUGUGCGCUCUAGCACGUCAUCUCGUAGAUAAUCUUUGCGUAGAUACGAGAUCUCUGGCUGCGGUAUGCAUUCUCUAUGCGUCAGGAGAGACUCAAGUUACAUCUAAUAAAGAAAUGACUGCAGGACCAACGAUCAACUUGCCGAGCACAGGAAAGUUGCAGCUGCAACGUAAGCUACAACAACGCGAACACAUUCGGGAUCAGAAACAUCGACAUCUCGAUACUGUUUUACAGAAUCAGAACAAAGAGAAGACUGUAGAUAAUAAUAAGGGAGUAGGAGGAAGCAAGGGAAGCAAGACAAAUAAAACAAGUCAGUCACCGCAAGGUACAAACGCGUCGACCGGGCAUAAUGCUCCGACCAAACUUAUAAACCUACCAGCUAUUGUUUCGAGUCGACACAAGAAAGUUCUCAAGUCUACUAAUAAUGCUCCCUGCAACAUCGUCUCCCUGCAAUCAAACUGUGAUAAUCUAGUGUUACAAUCGAUCGAAGAUGUGCAGAGUAAUAGAAAGUCUAAAGUAGUGACAAGCUGCUGUGCGAUUUCGCCUAAAGAGGUUAAAUCGAAAAAUUCCAGAAAGCGUGCCAACGCAAAUGUGCCGACACAAUCAUUGGAGUCCAGUCCCGAUAAACAGCCGAGAAUUGCAGCCGCGGACUCGCAGUCUUUCGUGAACGUGAUGGAACAAUCUAACGAGUCUUUGCCAAGGCUCUCGUCGAUACAGCGUCCGGGAAAAAUAUCUGUAAUACCGGCUAGUGAUCUAAAACAAGCCAUGAAAUGCAAAAGUAAUGAAGGAGCUGCCAUUGAGCGUCUCUCAAAAAACUGUGAUAUCAAGACAUACCCGUAUUAUUCCGAGAAUAACACCAAGUCAAAUGGCUGCCCCGCGGAUCUCUUCGAUGGAAGGACCUCAAUGAAUACAGAAGUAACGCCGCGUCUUUCAACAGGACCACUUGCAACGGAUACAUCAACAGGACCCUCUACGGGAUCUUCUACAGGGUCCUCAACGGAGUCUUCGACGGAACCUUCAACGAAUUCUUCAGUGGAUCAAAUGCGAUUACUACAAAACAACACGAUCUUGAUUGAUAGGAAUGAUAAGCUCUGUACAAUAGAUCCUGAUGCGUUGGAUGACUACUUAAACGGGGGGAAUAAUUCUCAGGAACAAGAGGAAGAAUUAGUGCAGUACUUCCAGCAGAAUAGUUCAUCCAGCUCUGACGCAGAGGCCAAUAAUCUUGCUGCGGAUAAUGAACAGAUAUCCCGGUCGGAUAAGGUAUCGCAGUUAAGAAAGAUGCUGCAACAAAAUUUAAAGGCAGGUACUGCUACUCAUCCACCUGAAGAUAUUCUGUUAGCGAUGAAUGUAAAAAUAGAAAAGCCUACAGAAAAGAGAGAGAUCAGUCAAAAACAUGGUCUGAUACUACCCACGUUACUGAACCAUCCGAAUCAAGCUAAUACUAGGCGCAGAGUGAGUUUUGAGAUGAACGUAGUGGAGCACAUUCAGGAUUCAAGUAACAUCUCUAUUGGGAACACCGUACCUCAAAGUCCCAAUACACGUCGUCGUAUAUUUAACUUUACGCCAAUAUCGCCCGGACCACACUCGCCAAUAAAUGGCCGAGUUUCUAAGCCAAAUUCAGCUAAUGCCAGUCCCUUUGUCUCACCCAGGAAUACCCCGGUACCUCGUUCUCGGAGUAAUAUUCAAGCUAGUGGUUCACGUUCAAGAACUUCACAAAAGUGCUUAUCGCGUUCGAUAUCAUGCAACAUGCCAUACUCCAGUAGAAACGACACUUUCGUAGUACCUACGAGUGGACCAGAGUUAACCCGACAGAUGUCAGCACCACAGUCACCUCUAACUUGUACGAGUUACAUUAAAACCACAGAAGUUCAACCCACAUUAAAUACACCACAUCAGAACAUAGGAAUUUCUCCAAAACAGGAAAGAGUGAGUGAACAUACAGCAGCUUUAUUACACAGUGAUAUAGCACCCCAAAUGCAACUUUUAAUAAAUUACCCAAGCCACGAGAAUCUUCAGGAGAUUAAAAACAUCUACCAGAAAAAUAAUCAGCCAACAGAUCCAGAAAUCAGUGAAUUAUUUAACGACGGGAAAACAUUCAGCACCGAGCUGCUGUACUAUAGAUCUCAAUCCGUUCCCUUACAUAGGAUGGUUAAUCCAACUCUAAUGUCUCCACUCUCGACAACGCAGCAUUACGUCACUGCGCUCCAGAGCCAGAGCUUUAACCCUUCAACGAACAGCUCUGUAGCUGCCACACCAGUUCCUAGUGAGUUUAAUGAUUUUGGGCCGAUAGGAGGAGCACCGGACAACAAUACCUUUCUACUGGAGGAUGUAGAUCCUAAUCUGAUAUCUGCUAAUCAGCAGUUUCUUAUAGGAGACAAAGAAAUCAGUCCUGAGAACAUAACAAAUAUACUGAAUAUAUUGAAUGAAGAGACUCCUCAAAGUCUUCAGAUCUUACCGGAAAAUUCGAACGAGGAGACAUUGUUAGAGCCUAAUGCUAUUAUAUUAGAGGAAUUACCGACUUCAAAUCUGAACCUUGCGGAUGGGAAUAUCCUUGACCCAACAGCGGUUCUUGAUCCUUCAAUGAGCAGCACGUUGCACAGGAUAAUUCACUCUAGGUCUUAUCCUAAUACUCCUCUACCAUUGCCACUUACAACAUACACGCCCGCCACAUACACAGAGGAUUCAAAUGGCUCCAGAUCGUAUCCGUCAACUCCCUUGCAUACAGUGCCACCACGAGAGACUUAUACCGAAAGCAAUGAACCAAUGCUUUCUAGCCCUACCCUAAAUUCAUUAAAUCUUCACGGAGAUUCGAACAAUGUCAACUCCACUUCUAGCAGCGUUUGUCGCAAUGUGACGGAACUUCUCGAACCUAGUUUCCUGGCGGAUGCCGAUGCGGCUAAUCAGGAUGAUCUUGUACCCCUUGGGAAUUUUGAUAGUCUCCCAGACGUUGACUCCCUGACCCCAUUGUUUAAUGAGGUCGCCGAACCAAAUUGUUGAAGAUUCACCCUGAAGAGAGAUCACACUCAUGAAGAAAAACUCUGAGGUCGGCUGUCAGGAAAGAGAAAAGCCAGCUUACAUACUCGCCACAUGUUAUACACAAUAUUUACAGAAAUAGUGUAAUAGAAUAACAAAGAAUGCACGUAUGAAUAAGUUUUCGAUCUUUAUAAAACACGUUAAUAAUAAUAAUAAUAAUAACAAAAAUUGAUACAUUUUAGCAGUGAUAUUGCCUCCUUAAAGAUGCUGUAAACUAUAUAGCUGAGAAUGAUGGCUACAUUGUUAUGACAGCAAUUAUCUUAUAUACAACUGCGCACACAUAUGUGUUAUAAUGUAUAUGUCCGUGUGUGUAUAUAUCAAGCAUUUUUACCAGUUAUUAAUUCUAUUACUUAUCGUUGAAUUAGUAAACUGUGAUAUAUGUGAAUUCACACGCACGCAACUCAAUAAUUUUUCUUAAACAACAAUUCCAUAUUCUUAUGAUGCAUCUUCAUCUUGCUUGUCUUUCUAAUCCGUUCAUUGAAAUUCGAAGUAUUUAUAGAAAAUGAAGAAAAUUGAAAAAACGAUUGAGCAAAUUUUCAUUCCUUUGCUAAUUUGUUAAAAAAUAUUGCCCUUUUAUUAUCACCGCGAAAAAGUCUUUUCUAGUUAUUAACUUUUAAAUGUUUUUGUGUACUACGGGAAAAUUGACGGAAGUGCAGUUUUCCUAAAAACAUUUUCAUUCUACGACAGGUCUUAAUUUUUCGUGGACUUCGAUCGCGGAAUCAUUAUGAAUUUUCAUUAUUAUUGAGCAAUUAUUAUUAUUCCUGUACUUAAUAAGGCUUGCUCUGCUUUAUCUUUCAUCUGAGUAUGUGUGCGUGUGAACUCAUUUUAAUCGUCUUUUAAUUUGCAAAACCAGCAAUUAGUGUCAAUUAAUUUUAUUCAAUUUAGUUUCCCUAAUGGUAUUUCGGAUUCGUUCACAUAAAAGCGAGAGAGAGAGAGAGAGAGAAUGAAUUAUUUCUGGAAUGAAAAGGCUUCGAUCGUCUAGAUACUUUGCACAGAACGAUGUAAUGAUUCUUUAUACACUUAGUAAUUAAUAAUGAUUGAUUAAAGUUCAUACACAGUAGCGAGGAAAUGAAUGAACCCUAGGUAGGAUAUAUACAAAAUACAAGAUAUAUAUAAUUUUGUAUAAUUUAUAAUUACCACAUGACGAUAAAUAAAAUGUUAAUAUUAUAUGGCCUAACGAAUAACGUUUUCUUUUAUUGAACAUAAGCAGCCAUAACUUAUGUACAUGCUUUUGUAAAAAAUAUUUUAUUUUACACAUCUGUUAUUUUGAAACCGGAUAUACUGAACUACAGCAAGUGCUGUUAUUGUUUUACAUGCACAACUUAAUCUUUUUUAUAUAUAAAAUCCUACUGAGUCACUAACUUAGAGAUAAUAGAUGACCUGCCCAAACCAUUGGACCUGGAAAGUUGAAAC